AUGGCAUUUUUGUCUUUGAACCAGGAAAUGAUGGUGCUCGUUCUUCAAUUUCUUGAUGAAGAGAAUUUGAGGGAGACAUUGCACAAGAUGGAGCAAGAAACGGGUAUCUACUUCAAUCUGAAAUAUUUUGAAAAGCAAGUUCUUGCCGGAGAAUGGGAAGAGUGUGAGAAGUAUCUCGCUAGUUUUACGAAUAUCAAUGAUAAUGGUUACUCUAUGAAAAUGAUUUAUGAAAUAAGGAAGCAGAAAUAUUAUGAGGCGUUGGAUAGUAAUGACAAAACAAGGGCUAUUGAAAUUCUGGUGAAUGAUUUGAAAAUCUUUUCAACAUAUGAUCAAGCAUUGUACAAGCAAUUAACAAAUCUCAUAACCCUUGACAAUCUUAGGGAGAAUAUAUAUCUGUCAAAAUAUCAAGAUGUGAGAACAGCUAGAAUCCUACUGAUGACUGAGCUUAAGAGGUUGAUUAACGUUAAUAACAGACUCAAUAAUAAGCUUAAGCUUCCAAAAUUGAGUGAGUCGCGGCUGCGACACCUAAUAAAUCAUGGAUUGAAUUGGCAGCAUGUGUUAUGUAAAAAUCCGCAGCAAAGUCCAGACAUUGCAACGAUUUUAACUGAUCAUACUUGUGAUCAGCCAAAUGCUGCAAAUCAUCAAUCUCUUGAAGUUGCGCCAUUUCUAUCAGCCCCUGUAGCUCCUAAGGCUAAUGCUCUACCGGCAUGGAUGGUGAAUGGAAAUCCUUCCUCAUCUUCUCGACCACUUUCUGCGCUGACAGCUUCCACAUUGCCUGGUCCUUCAAAUCUAGCCAAUAUUCCGAGGCAUACAAUAAGAACACCGAUUACUCAUUCACCGAUCAGUGAUCAAGAAAUAAGACGGCUUCUGUUACCUCAAACUUUUGAAGAGGCUGCACCUGCCGCACGUACCGUUACACCUCAACAAGAGCCUCAGCUGUUUCACGAACUUCCUCGAGUUAUUGUGUCGAAUGUCUGUCAGCAAUCAGCUGUGACAAGCAUGGAGUUUCAUCCUUCCAUCCAUACUAUACUAGCUGUUGGAAAUGCAAAUGGUGAAAUUUCACUUUGGGAUCUAAGGUUGAGACAGAGGCUGAUGUUAAAGUCUUUCGAAAUAUGGAAUAUUUCUAAUUGUUCGGCUGAAUUUCAGGCUCAGGCUGCGGAUUUGAAAGAAUCGCCGAUAUCUGUCACUCGUGUAACAUGGAGCCCACAUGCUAGAUUUUUUGGGGUUGCUUUUUCAAAGCAUUUGAUUCAGUUGUAUACCUCCUAUCAUGUUCCUAAGAGCCUACAAAAGUAUUUGGAGAUUGAGGCUCAUAAUGGUAGUGUUAAUGAUAUUGGAUUUUCGUUUUCGAAAAAUCAGUUAUGCAUUGUAACUUGUGGAGAUGAUAAGUUAAUAAAGGUAUGGGAUUUGAAGGGUCAUAAGAUCUUUACCUUUGAAGGUCAUGCAGCACCAGUUUAUUCGGUUCUUCCUCACUCGAAGGAAAAUCUCCAGUAUUUAUUUUCAACUUCGGUUGAUGGGAAAAUCAUGGCAUGGGUCUUUGAUAACAAGAACUUUCGGGUUGAAUAUGACACUCCUGGAAAUUGUUGCACCGCAAUGCUCUAUAGUGCUGAUGGAACUAGAUUGUUUUCUUGCGGAACAAAUAAAGGAGAUUGGUUUCUAGUGGAGUGGAAUGAUAGCGAGGGAUCAAUAAAAAGAACAUAUUCCGGAUUUAAGAAAAGCUUUGCGGGUAAUGUGCAAUUCGACACCACAAAGAAUCGGAUUUUGGCCGUUGGUGUAGACAACCAAAUUAAGAUUUGGGAUAUGGAUAAUAUUAAUCUUCUGACAAGUACAGAUGCUGGUGGAGGUCUUUCGAGUCUACCUCUCGUGAAGUUCAAUAAUGAAGGAAAUCUGCUUGCAGUUACUACAGAAGGUGGUUUCAAAAUCCUUGCUAGUGCUGAUGGUUUCAAAAGCCUAAAUGAUGCAAAGAGGGAAGCAGAUAUUGCUAUAGAUAGAAGCAUUGAGAACAGAAGAAAUUUGAAUGAAAUUUCUAAACCUUGGAAGGUGAACAAAAUCGUUCAUCAUACUCAGUGUCGAAGAGUUACUAUGCCGGAGAGUAUAGGUCCCAGUAACAAUGUUUGUCUUCUAUACACAAAACCUGGAACUGGUCUUCUAGCUCUUGGUUCAAAAGGGGUUCUGAAGAUGUGGAAAUGGAGCGUUACUCCAUCCAAUCAUACUGGAAAGGCGACGACAAGUGCUAACCCUGAACAUUCGACACCGACUAAGGGCAUUUUUAUGACUAAUGAUGUCCCGAACAAUAAGGACGCCAUUCCCUGCUUGGACAUUUCAAAUAAUGGUACCUAUGGCUUAGCUGCAUGUGGAGGAAUUGUUUCAUUGUUCAAAAUGGUGUCAUCAUAUAAAGUAUUGCAUCAGUUUAUGAGUCCUCCACCGGCUGCAACGUGCAUUGCUUUCAUCCCUCAAGACAAUAACAUUGCUGCGAUCGGAAGGGAAGAUUCUGUGAUUCAUAUUUUCAGUAUUAGGCACGGCGAGCUUAUAGCGGAAUUGAAGGGUCACCAAAAGUACAUUACUAGUAUAGCUUUUUCGCUUCGACAGAAUAUAAUGGUUACUGCAGGCGCUGAUGCUCAGCUCAUCUCUUGGAACAUGAACACGUGGUCUAUGAAUAAAUCAGCAUCAAUCCAAAUGCGAACUGGUGAAAAUGCGGCUCUAAGUGAGACUAAAGUUCAAUUUCACAGUAAUCAAGAGCUGUUGCUGGCAUGCCAUGAGACUCAGCUAGUAAUAUAUGAUGCUUCAAGAAUGAAACCAAUCAUUCAUUGGCUGCCACAAGAUGAUGAUGGGUUGUCAGCUUGUGCCAUAUCGUCUGCCACCUACUCGUCAAAUUUCGAACAAAUUUAUGCAACAUUUAGUGAUGGAAACAUCGGAGUAUUUGAUGCUGGCAGCCUCAUACUAAGAUGCCGUAUUGCUCCAUCUGCAUACCUAUAUCAGACCCCAUCAACCAGCGGAAAUGUGUACCCUCUUGUUGUAACAGCAAAUCCAGAUGAGCCCAGUCAAUUUGCAAUUGCACUUUCAGAUGGGACAAUUAAUGUUAUUGAGCCUAAAGAGUGUGAAACUUGGUGGUGAAGUAAAGUGGUUGUUGCUGAACUUGGUGGUGAAGUAAAUCACUGCCAUCCAUUUUCAUAAUUUUAGUUUAUUUCAAUUAUUGAGUUAUUGAUCAAUUGUGAAACUUUCAUAAUUUUAUGUUUGGUUGAAUAGUCGUUGAGAUAUAUGUUUUGGUUAAGUUACCUUGUGCUUAUGGUUUAUAAAAAUCAAAACUUCAUUAUUACCUACUUAACACAUAAAGGAAUCAUUGCUCAAAUGGAACUAAAAUAAAUUAAAUGUUCAUUAUCAAACUGCAAAGAAAGGGACGGAGGAAGAAUGGAAAACAAACCUGAACGUCUAAACUGCGGAGGGUGUGUCAGCGGGAACCUGAGUAGUAAAAGAGAAGCCUAGUUGUCGGCUACAUAACGAGAGAUAACCAAAACAAACCUAUUAAGCUUCGUUGAUGGGAACAAUGAAGGGGAUUUAGGGAUUGGAAUGAUGAUUUGGAGAGUGAUUUGUCGUUGAUUGGAGAGAUUUGGAAAAUAAUUUUGAGGUUUUUUUUUUGUUUAUAACAAAAAGUGAAGAGCUAUAUUCACAAAAACAGCUUUGCUAUAGUGCUAUAUACAGCGAAAAAAAAUUCCCGAAUUUUUCACAAAGGGUGUGGCAUCCAUUUCUUCCUUUUAUGUUAGUGCCUGCCAUCUUGUUUUGUCUUGCCGCCUAACCUAUUGAAGACCAUUUCACUUUCCAAGCUACUCAAACUUGUGAAUUAAUCUCCUUCGAGUAUCUCGAUCUUCCAUUCAUGCCCAUCAAUACAACAACAAUGUUUUAGCUUCUAAUGCCUCGUUAACUGCUCAGGACUUAACCAACCUUGAAUGUCCAUGUCUUACAGCAACACAAUGCAGGGAUAACAUGGAUAGUCAGCCUACAACUACAUCUUCAAGAGCCAUAAGAGUAGGCUUCAAUGCUUCAUGCCUCUUUGAAGCAUUUCAUCAAACAACUCAUCUGUUUGAUGCAGUUGAGUGCAAAACUUGAAACAAGUGAACAUCAAUGUUCAGUCAUUGUAAAAUAUUAGGGUUUUCGCGAGAUAUAGCAUUUUCCUUCACCAAAAUAUUUCACUUGGCAAAAGCUUGGACAGUUGCCAAAACUGUCUCAUACACAGUUGC